AUGGCUAUGAAAUACGUUGCAGCGUACCUUAUGUGUGUCUUGGGAGGCAAUGAAAAUCCAACUGAAAAGGAAGUGAAAAAAGUACUAGGUGCUGUGAAUGCAGGUGUAGAAGAUGAUGUUUUAGCACACUUGAUGAAAUCUCUAAGUGGUAAAUCUUGCCAUGAAUUAAUUUCGGGAGGAUUGGAAAAAUUGCAGAACAUUGGAGGUGGUGCUGCAGCAGCAGCCGCAAUUCCAGCAGGUGCUACUACCGAUGCGAAGGCAGAGGAGAAGAAGGAAGAGAAGAAAGAAGAAGAGGAAGAGGAAGAAGACGACUUAGGAUUUUCACUUUUUGGUUAA